AUGGAGGCGCUUUACCACCAGACCAACAAGUGCGUGUGCGGGGCGGGAGCUUGCAGUAGUAAUAAUAGUAAUAGGCCCUGAGCCCGGCCUUGGCUGGGGAGGGCGGGGUAUAAAUAAAAAUAAUAAUAAUUAUUAUUAAUAACCAGAGUACCUCGUUCUCGGGAGGGAAGGCGGCGGCGGGGCGGAGGUGUUUCAAUACAUGGGGGGAAACCGAGGGAGAGCCGUGUGGUGGAGGGAGGUUUCAGUGGGGUGGGUGUGGGGGAGGGGAGUGGUAGCCAUGGUAAUGUGACGGAGGGCAGUAAUAUUCCAGUUCAUACUCUGCAUUUAUAUGCCCCCCCCGUUCGUAUAUGUGAAUCGUAGCAACAGCCCUGCAGUACUAGGUCAGCACUGAGUAUUUAUAUCAAGGAGGAGGGGCUGAGUGGAAGGCCACGUAAGUAAAAAGUCUGUGGCAGUUUGAACGAAGUGUAACCUAGUUCUGGUGCCUGCCUGCCUGCCUACCCACUGAAAGAUCUUCGCACAACAUCUCUGAAUCAUUUGCCUGACAGUGUUUGAAACCCAGCCAGAUGGGCGGGGUAUAAAUAAUAAAUUAUUAUUAUUAUUAUUAGAAGCACAUCGCCUGCUAUAUUGGGGGGGGGGGGGUAGCCUUGGCGCUUUCGUCACUGAUUCUCGGCCGAACAGCAAAGGCAGUGGUAGAAACUUUUGAUAAGUAGGGUGGGUGGGGGUGCAUCUGUUUGCGCCACCAAAAAAGUUCUCCUGCUAGCAAAAGCUAGAGUGGCCAGUAGUUCUUAUUUGCAGCAGUUGGCCAGAUGUAAUGAUACAGAGCAGCAUUCAAAUGCACUGGAGUUUCACGCCCAUCUGUCGCUCAAGAGGAUUUGCUUCCUGUCAUGAGAUCUGCUGCAUAGGCACUUGCUGAGAUUUUUUUAGGGGGAGGACCUAAAAAAGUUUUGCCGCACUGCCACGGCAAAAAAUAUAAACUGGUGCCUCCACUGCGUAACCCCGAGCACCAUGUCACCCUCUGUCUCUGUCACACAGAGGUGCCAGAACACACCAGAGAUGUGACGGAGCUCAGUUCCGGUGAAUUCCGGCUGAAAAAAGGUCCUGGGCAUUAUUAUUCCCACCCCAUUUUGUUACGUUUGUCUCACUAUGCUGUUCCACAGAGCCUUUGGGUCAGAUGGCAUAAUUUUUAGCGUAAUGCGGCUCAUCAUUGUAAUCUCGUUCAGCAGCUAAAUCCCACUGGGUAGGCCUCCAGUUUCAAUUCAGAAAUAAGAAGUUUUGAAAACACAGCCCUGGGUGGGGGAGAUUGUGAACAGCAGGAUGGGGAUAAAUAAUUGGGGGCAUGUUGGGAGGGAAGCGAGAACAGGAAAGAAUAAGGAUGAUGAUUCUUUGUGUAGGGGUAGAAGCAGCGUGAAGCUUGGGAAGCAGGCUGAGUAUCCAUGUUGGGAAGAAGGGAGGAAACAGUCAUUGAUAUGGGACACCAAAGGGUAACAUCAGGUGGCAAGGACAGAGGUUCACAAACAGGGACUAUUUGUGCCUGAAAUCAGCACCAGUAAAUUUGUGGAUACACUUGGGGCUCUGGAGGGUAGAAGAAAAGGGAGAUCACCACCUUAGUGACUGUCACAAGGGCUGCUGUUGGAAAUCUUUCCUUCUCCCACCUACUAUGAGAGACUUCAUAACUGAGAAGGGGAGUAAGUAGACCUGGUAGCAGGAGUCAGGUGAUUGCUUACCAUUGUUUACUGUGUAAUCUUAUUCCUGUCUACUCAGAGGUAAGUCUCAUUGAGUUGUAUGGGUCCUACACUCAGAGAAAUGGGGAUAAGAAAUGUGCAGAGGGCUUCUCACUUGUAUCUUGUUCAUCCUUGUAACAACUCAAAGGUCAUCCAUUUGGAUACUGGGCAACUGAGACUGAAACUAAGAGCGAUUGCUGUGCCAUUAAAAUCUAAGAUUGAGCUGUACUUUGAUUCCCCAGAUUUACAUGUGUAGUUUAAUCUACACAAGGUCCAGACUCUGUUCUCUAGGCACUGGGUCACAGUGGAUUCCCCCCUCCCCCUGGCCAUAGACACAUUCAUUUUGUAUUGUGUAUAGCUUUGAGUAGUAGCUGUGUUCUGACAAACUCAACUCUGGCCUGGGUGGAAGGGAUGGCUUUCAGAUUUUUGAAAUCCUGAGUGUUAAACACAGUGCCUCUUUAAAACAGACUCUUCUUUGCCAUCACCCUUCUAAUCCUAGAGUGAUUCUUUGCCAUAAUGGGUUGCCAAUAUUUUUGAACCCAUGGGGAAAUUUGGAAUCUUGUAAGAGUGCCAUGGGCACCACUUCUUCGGCUUCUCUUUCUUGCCCCAGACUGAGUAAGCACACACAGAAUCUUUGAUCUUCCAAGGGGUCUGGAUAAAAGCUGAAACCAGUGGAACUAACAUGGCUCCUCUUGAAUUUGCAUGAUAUUCACAGCAUCCUCCAAAAUCCACCAUUAUAUUAAAGUUUAAAGUAGUGCAACACACAGUAUGAAUACGGAGCUGGUGUUUGUCCACCACAGACCCAAGGCAUGGAUCUUCAUGAUUUUUGCCUGGGAUGUUAAAACCGUCAACAAACCACGGAGGACAUUUGUGGAUAAAACGGUCUCCUAUCACUUGGUGGUGAUUUUCAGGAGAAAUAUGAGGAUCUAUAAGAAUUAAUGCAUGUUGAACCCCUGUUGUAUCAUGGUGGUGCUGGAAAGCACCAGAUAUGUGACUUUUAUAUUUUGGUCAGUGGAGAUAGAUUUGAUGAUGGUUGGGGAAUGAGGGGAACUCAUAAUAAAAGUAUUCAAUUUCAAGAGGAUCUAUUUUACUGGAUCUAACAUUAUGUGUGUGCAUCUGUAACAGCGAAACCAGAUGUCUUCAUCUGCCCCAACUGCAAUAAAACAUGUCCCUCCCAUGUUGGUCUGUACAGCCACAGCAGCUGCUGUAUCUUUCCAACUGUUUGACUUCAUCUCUGAUGGUGCAUUCUUCCAUUGUCUCUUGAGGCAGAUGGAUGCCAGCAACAUAUGCCUUCUCCCUCUCUGUCUCCAUUCCCUUUCUCUCUUUGGUUACUUGCUUCUUGUUCCCUUUUACCUCAGACACUUUAUAUUCUGUUAAGCUGCUGAUCUGAGCUUGAAAACUAUAUAUCAUGCUGAAAGAGGAAGUGGGAAAGAGCAUUACUCUUCCAUCUUCUUCUUUUACAACUCUGUAGUUUUCAGUGGGUCGGGGGAGAUAACAACCCAUGGCACUUCAUGACAAAGUGGGGUGUUCACAACUUAGUGGGUGCCAGGGGAAGACCUCAAGGGUGCCCUUAUGCCCAUGGGCACCAUGUUGGCGAGUGCAGUUCAAGCCUAUUUCUGCAGUCUAGCACUGAACUUUGUAGCCAAGUCCUACAUUCCUGCAUCUUACGCUGUUUAAUCUUUAAAGCUUUAAAAACCAUACACCUUGACAAUCUGAUGAAAAGAACAUUACAUGCCCUUACGGUGUUUUUCUUUUUUCUUUUUAAACAAAUGUCCAGAGCUAGUCAUGGACCUACCAGUUUUGGCAUGUGCUCAGAUGUUGAGUUGGCAUGUUCUUGAAAACCUUCCAAACAUUAAAACUAGAUUGUGGAGGCUUCAGAGGUUGCUGAAGCUGUUGUCAUGCUUGUUUCCUCACCUGGUGGAGCCUGUUUGUGUUAACUAAAAUGAAAAUGAGCUAGAGAUAGUUGAGUAAAUCAUAAAGAGUUGGACUGAAGGCCAUCUCAUUCAAUUCUCUGUCCCAAACCAGCAGAAACAGACAGAUCCAGGGGUAGCCAAGUGGGUGCCCUCCAGAUGUUGACGUCGUUGGACUCUCAGCACCCCUGACCAGUGGCCAUGCUGAUUGGGGCUGAUGGGAGUUGCCAUCCAGCAACUGGGGCUUCCCCUGGAUCAGUCCUUGAUCCCUUCUAGGCUCUAGUGAUAGUUGGCUGGGAUGAUUUCCAAGAAAGUGCUUGCAAAGCGAAUGGCUCUCUAUGGCAUUGCUAGUGUUGCAGCCUUUCUGCCUUGCCCAUCAGACUCUAGCACACCUGAGCUGCUUCACUUUGUCAGACGCUGAGUCUCAUGAUUUCCCUCCUUUUUAUUGACCCCUGCUUUUAGUCAUUCUCUUGGUGUGCUCAAGUGAUUUUUCUGCCACGCAUCCGUUUCUAGGAGGUGCCCGUGGGGCAGAGCAUUCUUCCCCUCCUGGCCCUACCUGAUCUCCCACGUCCUGUUGCCUUUUCUCUGCCUCUGGCCUGAUAUCCUCAGUCUGUUUCCAAAACAGGUUUUCUAGUUGGCAGGGCUGAGCCGUUCCCACCAUAUCAUUCCCACUCUUUGUUUUGGAGAAGAUCCCAAAGAGAAGUGCUAGAUAAUCAUGGUGAGCUUUUAACUUUCUUGCUUGUAGAGUAGAGCUCAAGUGCAACAGUGUUCAUUCAGAAUUUGGAUUCUCCUUUAGCCAAUGGAAAGAGAUUUCUAACCAACUUUGCAUCUGGAAACUUUCUGCUGCCUUAAAUACAUUGAGGUUUCAUUCAUAUAGCAUAUUUAUUUGACGAACACAUAGAAAAGACGGCCAAAAUAGGCUGUGUUAAUUUUACAGGCUGCAUAAAUAUUUCAGAUAUUUUUCCAAUAGCCAAAAUACGAUUGAACUGAAAUAUUCGGGGGGGGGGGCGGGGGGGGGAAUCAAUAAAACACAUUGAAUGUGUUUUAAAAUGUUAAUUUCCAAGUCAGACUUUGAAUUUGUUUGAAGUUAUCUUCAAUAUAAUUCUUGUAAAUAUAUUAAGACAAUUCAAGGGAGUAAGAUUCUGUUUAGAUUUUAAGGGGGGUGGGGCAGAAUGAUGAUGUAGAAUAUGGUUAGCAUACGAAUUUCUCAGCAUGCUUGUGCCCACAAAUAUAGAUGCUUCCCCAAAGAUAGUCACCUGAAAAUAGCUAAUUACAAAUUUGAUUUUAGGUUGGACUGGUAUUAUAGCCUUUCCAAUUGACUGAUUUGACAGAUAUUUUAUCCGUUUGUUACGUUGCAACCUAAUUUUUGAAGCAGUGCGUUUCUAAAAAUGGAAAGAAGUUCAUGCAAACCCAUCAUUGUCAGCAAGACUGCAUAAAUUUGUGGCCUUUAAAAAAACCGAAACCGUUCCCGCACACCCAUGCCAGUCAUUUCUGCCAUCAGAACAGUAGUGCCAUCUUUUGCAAAUAUUCCCUCUCUGGUCACCUGGAGGCAAUUCUUGCCACAAGUGAUGAGGCAGAUUGCUUUUUGUAUUUCUGCUUUUGCCUGGGUCCUUGUUGCCUUGUAAAUAUUUCAGAGAAUACAGUGGAACCUUGGUUCUUGAGCGCCUUGGUACUGAAACAUUUCGGCUCCCGAACGCCGAAAACCCAGACGUAAGUUUUCCAGUUUUCAACCGUUUUUCAGAAUCCUAAUGUCCGAUGCGGUUGUCAGCUAGGGUUUCCGGGGCGUCUGUGCCAGUCGGAAGCCGCGCCUUGGUUUUCGAACGUUUCGGAAGUCAAACGGACUUCCAGAACGGAUUACGUUCAAGAACCAAGGUACCACUGUAUAUGAGAAAUGUUUAGGAAAUCUGUUCUGCAACGUAUGAGAUUACAUACUGCCAGGAUGGCCAUCAUAGUACCUGGUGGCUGUGGAUGUUGUUGGACUCCCAUCAGCUCCAGCCCGUGCUGCCGGGGAUGAUGGGAGUUGUAGUCCCGCAACAUGUGGAGAACAUCAGGUUGGCUGCUCUUGACUUGCGCAGUAUUUUUACUGUUAUACCAGGGAUUUUACUUCAAUAUUCUGAUUGCUCUGAGCACUGACGGUUCAUUUCGGCCGUGUGUUUGCCUUCUUGAGAAAUCCUCCUUUUCUGCUGGAACCCUUGUGAUUGACUAGAACUUUUCUUCUUUUCAACAGGCAGGUCCAUGAGGUCCAGUCAUACAUGGGCCGCCUCGAGACAUCAGACAAACAGUCAGUCCACUGUGAGUAAUUAAUGGAAGAGGGUAACCUCACUGUUGGCUUGGCCAGUGCUCCCUGACCUGUGUUUCCAAUAUGUGCCCAAGUGAAACCAUUAAAAUGUUUUGACCUUUAGGUGGUGUAAUGGGUCUGUGCGUAUGACUGUUAGCCAGAAGGUUGGAAGUUCAAGCCCACCCAGGGACAGCUGUGGGCAGGAUUCCUGCGUUGCAGGGGGUUGAAAUAGAUGACCUUCUGGGUCCCUUCUGACUUACAAUUCUCUGAUUCCAAUUUGCUGUACAAUGGUACCUCGGGUUACAGACGCUUCAGGUUACAGACUCUGCUAACCCAGAAAUAGUACCUCAGGUUAAGAACUUUGCUUCAGGAUGAGAACAGAAAUUGUGUGGUGGCGGCGCGGCGGGAGUGGGAGGCCCCAUUAGCUAAAGUGGUGCUUCAGGUUAAGAACAGUUUCAGGUUAAGAAUGGACCUCCGGAACGAAUUAAGUUCUUAACCCGAGGUACCACUGUAGUGAGUGAAGGGUAGGAUAUGGGGAAAGCCAUGGGUGGUAGAGUUUUUAUAUUCUCAUUAGCCCAGUGGUGUAAAUUUCCUUUUGGAAAGGAACUUCAACAUACAAAUAAUUGCCAAAAAAGAGAUGUGGCUGGCAGGUCACCUUUUAGAAGAAGCAUUCUUCUAUGACUAGGGUGGAUAACAUGUGGCCCUCCAGAUGUUAUUGGACCACAGCUCCUUUAUCAUUGGCCAUCCUGGCUGGGGCUGAUGGGAGUUAGAGUCCAACAAACUUGAGAGAAACCACACUGAAAUAGACCUCAGUUAGUACAUGACCUCUGUACGGCUCUCUCUGUACGGCCCAAGUUGUUGGAGAGGUUUGAGCCCCAUGUUGGGCAAAAGAUUCCUGCAUGGCAGGGGGUUGAACUAGCUGUCCGUUGUGGCGCCUUCCAGUUCUAUGAUUUUAUAAUCAACUUUGGUGAUAGUGCUCUAAAAUGCAAAGAUUCUGGCUAACCAUUCAUCAGGAUUGUGGAAAACAUACAGGAGAGAUAAUAAUAAUAAUAAUAGUAAUAAUAAUAAUAGCUUUUUUAGCAGAGCUUGCUUUAUUAUCUUGGUUUAUGAGUCCAAAGAGGGAAUUAAAAUGUAAAUUUAAAGACUUGAUAAAGCGUCCUCUGGUAGCAGUAGUCAGUAACACAAAGGUGACUUGGGCACUUGAACGAUUUGGAUACCGCUGCCUAGCUAAGAAACUUUUGGACAGUUGUAAUUUCUGAGAAGAUUAUGCACAGUAUCUACCGCUGCCUAGCUAAGAAACUUUUGGACAGUUGUAAUUUCCGAGAAGGUUAUGCACAGUAUCAGAAUCCUGCAGCGAAAAAACAACCCACAGGUGGUUAUUUCUCACAAAUGCAUCUCAACAGCAGCAGAAAUUUGGACAGCAUGAAUCUCUGGCUAUAUAUAUAUAUAUAUAUAUAUAUAUGUAUUGUACUGCCCCCCCACCAAAAUGUAUGCAUGUUUGCCCAUCGUGCUCUGAAUAGACGGGAUUUGUUCCUUGUUUUGUUGCUUUAUUUUCCGCAUUCCAUAAAAUACUCAAAACAAAUGUUUGCAAUACCGCUACUGGCAAGUGGCAAAGUGUUUUCCGCAUGCUGAAGUGGCAGGGCAUUCCUCGCAGUCCCUGGCCCGAUGGUUGUGGUGGGCACCUUCUCCACCUAGCUCCAUGAUGGGUGGCACUAGGAACAUGAGCACCUUCCACUUUCUCUGGUAGAAAUCUCCCAUUUCACACAGCGUGGGCAAGGCUUGACUGGCAAAGCCUGGCAAGAAGGUAUGUGCUGGUUAAAACAGUGAGUGUCCAUCUGGCCCUGAUGUUUCUUACUUUCCCCCCCUCAUCUCCUCUUUCAGUGGUGGAAAACGAAAUCCAGGCGCGAAUAGACAGGAUCUUCAGCAACUUGGAACGCUUGGAAAUCUUUUGUAACAAGGAGCCUCCCAGCAAGCGGCAGAACGCCAAGCUGUGAGUUACCUUCUUCCUUGCCCUCCCAAACUACUUCCUGUGUCUUGGGACAUAUAUUAGUGCAGCCUUCUGACCUGUCCUUGGGGCAAGUGGUUGUUGUUGUUGUUGUUAUGGUACUGCAUUGCUUACUGCCUUCCAUAUGGAAUAGAAGGUGCAGGACAAUAAAUUUAUUAUUAUGAACAAAUCAGGCUAUGUGGCUUUUUUGUGCCUGUGAAUGUUUUCUUAAUUACACCGAUUUCCAAAAGAACUUCAAGGCAGCUUAAAAUUGAGCUCUUAAGGAAAGAAACCUGCUGAUACAAGAAGCCUUCGGGCGGUAUGGGAAAGAGACUUGGGGAUCAUAAUUGCAGGUCAUACAUGGCAAUCAGUUUGGCACAACCCAACCCUACGAACAAUCUCUGCUCGUCUUCAGGAGGCUUCGCUUAAAAUUAUAUUUCGCUGGCCUAGCCAAAAUAAACACUAGCAUCUCUCCUCUGUGCUGGAAAGGCUGCAGAGUGAUAGGUUCAUAUUUCAUGCUUGGUGGAGUUGCAUGAUAGCAUGCUCCUUUUAGAAAAAGGUGUUUCCCAUUAUUUCCAAAAUUACACAGCAAUCCCUUCCACCCAAUUCAGUUCUUGCCUUAUUCCCAUUAGACUCAAAUGUAAACAAUAGCCUUUAAUGCGGAGAUUUUGUGUGUGGGUUUUUUUCUGUUAUCAGCAACCUGAUUCACAGUAGCCUGAUACUGGAAACAACCCAUAGAAAUCCCCAUUGAAAUCUGGGUAAAUAAUAUUUGGAAUAAUGUAGCUCUAUCGGAAUGCCUCACUCGCCACAGAAGGGUAAUUACAGGCACUUCAGGGACAGACACUUUUGGCAAGACUUGGCUUCCUUUCUUUUCCUUUAUAAAUAAGACAGAAGAUACUUUUAUUCCACCCACAGCACAAGAAUCUCUGUGGAGACUAUACUUGAAUUGAUAAUGCAUUAAUAAAUGUACAGUCGUACCUUGGAUCCCAAACGCCUUGGUACUCAAACAUUUUAGACUCCGGAACGCUGCAAACCCGGAAGUGAGUGUUCCGGUUUGCGAACGUUCUUUGGAACCCGAAUGUCUGACGUGGCUUCUGAUUGGCUGCAGGGGCUUCCUGCAGCCAAUCAGAUGCCAUGCUUUGGUUUCCGGAACAGAUUCCAUUCGACUUCCAAUAUAUGACUGUAUUGCUUGUGUACUGCAUAUGAAACUUAAUAAGACUGUACCAUAGGACAAGUUACUGUAGCUAGACGUUGUUCUUGUAUUUACAUGAAAAUCAAAGCUUUCUUCCUCCUUUCUGUGACUUGUCAUUCUCAGACGGGUUGACCAGCUGAAAUACGACAUCCAGCACCUGCAGACGGCAUUGAGGAACUUCCAGCACCGGCGUUAUGCACGGGAGCAGCAAGAAAGGCAGCGGGAGGAGCUUCUGGCCCGAACAUUCACCACUAACGUAUGUCCUCCUGUAAAACCAGUGGAUUUGUGCUAAUAUUCGCCUCCCUCCCACGUCCCAAUGUUCAUCUAUUUAACAGCUGUCGUUCUCAAAUGGGGUAUUUUUGGGUGGCGAGAAAUCAUGGGGUUUAGCACUUAAGGAGAUCAGCAACAAUGUCCAAACUCACACGAGGCAACUUCCCCACCACUGCCAAUCUUCUCCUGUAAUACAUAGGGAGUUUUCUUAGUCUUUGAGGACACAUGGAGCAGCAGCUCGAUUUUGUGGCAGUCACACUUAUGUGGAAAAUGUAAGGACAGAAAGUUUGAACUUCACUGCUGCAGAAUAAUGCCGAUUCUUUUUAAAAAAAACCAAAAACAUGGGCUUUUGUUGACACCCUUGUCCUUCUGGGUUCAGAGUGCCAAGGAAAGAUAACCAACAUACUUCCCUUCCCUCCUCCCCCUUUGCAGGAUUCUGACACCACCAUUCCGAUCGAUGAAACCUUGCAGCAUAACGAGUCCCUCCAAAAUGCUCACCGUGGCAUGGACGAUCUCAUUGGCAGCGGGACCAGCAUUCUGCAGGGCCUGAGGGAUCAGAGAAUGACAUUAAAGGUGGGCAUAGGAUGGGACCUUCAGCUUUUUAAAAUAUAUUUAUAUAUGGGGAGUAGGCACCCACUUUUUCUUCUCUCCCCUCUUUUAAUUCUGAUAACUUUCCAGAAUUCUGAGAAGUAAAACUCAGGUGCAGGUUCUUUUCAUCCUCGCCCUCUGUGUCUCUUCUCCAACCUCUCCUCUGUCACCCUGUCACUCCUCUGUUUUUCCUUUUUUUUCCCUGUAUGGCAAAGCCAAGUGUAGCGAUCACACACAGGGCCCCCGGACGUUUGACGGUCUAUUGACCCUGUGCCGCCACUACGAUUGCUUUUUCCACUGCCACCACCCCAUAUCUCACAGGGACACACGGAGCCCAGUCAGUUGUUAACAUAAACAAAUAAUCAAGUUUAUUUUUAAAUGCAGGAACAAGCUUAUGGUUUCAGUUAAUUGUUCUUUUGUCAGUUUCUUAUUCUUAGUUCCUAACAGCUCCAAACUGAUUAUUCCAACUAUCUAUCUGACUCCACCUAACAAUUCCUCUCACUGUCUCACAAUACAACUCUACCAACCCACUGCCUAUUCCUCCCUCUUCCUUCUUCAACUCCCCAACCUCAACCCUCAACUCAACUCAAUUUUCAAAAUCUUCCACUCUUUACUUUUACUCCCCCCUUGCAUUCUCACUGGCCAAUCACAUCCCACCUAUUUUAACCCUUUCCUUAUGACUCAUCCUAGGAGGCAAACUCCACACCAAUCUUCCCCUUUUGAAACCGCCACCGCUGUAGCUGCACUCAAGGCUUUUGGAUACACCCAAAUUCCACAUGUUGCGAAUGUAGCAUUAAUUCAACCUGUCAGGGUUUCUUGUAGCUUCGUUGUGCCCUGCUGCAAAUUUGGACAGAGUUUUGCAAAUUUACUCCUGGAUAAGAAGCUCUGAGUAUCGGUCCAGGGAGAGGGCAGAGCUGGGUGGUGGAGAAAAUAUUUUGCAUGCAGAAGGUCCCAGGUUCAGGAACCUUGGCUCCACCUAUUAAAAGGGUCUUCCUGAGACCAUGGGCCAAGCAGACAGUAAAAGGCUAUGCUGGAUAAUUCCUUUGUUCCUGGUAUAAGGCAGCUUCUUGUGAAUUAAAAGAGAGUCUGAAGGUUGCCUAUCCUACCCAAAACCUUUUCCUGAAUCAGGAUCCUCCAUGCCAGCGGUUCCUAAAAAGAGCAGGACUAUUUGCAUAUGAGGUUUCCCCUACCUUCCCUCUUCUCAUUGGCCCACUAUUCCUUCCCUCCACUGUUUGCCCUCCUCCUCCUCUAGCUAUUGCUGGCUCUGGUCUCCUUCCGCCCUUCAACCAGUCGUUCUGCCUCCUUGCAUCUCUAUCACUUUCUACGCUCGGGGUCUUCUUCCUAACUCUCUGCCCUGUUCUCUGGGCACUCCACUAUCAAUGGCACACAGCUUCUGGGGUCCCUAAGCCACGCCGGGUGCUAUUGUCUCCCCAGCCGCCACUCCCUGCCGUGCAGAGGUUAAAAGCUCAAGUGUCCUUGGUAGCCGCUGACGUAAAUGCCAUUUCCGAACCCCGUGCCUGUUUUUAUUCCAACCCCAGCCCUUUUCCUCUGGAAGAAGCAGGCUGGGUGUGGUAGGCUUGAGCCACCGGGCAACCCCUGAUAUUCCUGCCAAGCUAGAGAAACCGCUUCCCUGCGCUGCCCUGGCCCCACUUGGAACACAGCUGUCCAAACACCCACUCCAGCAGUCUCUCGCCUCUUAAGGCGUUACAGGAUGUGACCUUGCAGGCUUGAAUGUUCAUUUUGGAGUGAUGUCAUCCUGGAAAUGAACUGUAGCCUUUUAGCAUCCCGUUGGUAAUCACAUCGGAUCAGAUGAGCAUGUCGACGUGGCUCUCCCUAGAUGGAAGCUCACAGGCUGAAUAUUCCUAGAUGGAAAUGUGGAAUGCUCCUUUUCAGAGUUCUGGGGUGAGAAUUCUCAUUCUUGGUGUAGCUGCAUCUCAGUAGGCAGCACGGAGGUAUCACACCUGUAGCAUUUCUUGGCUCUCCUCUCACUGUUGCCCUACACAAUGGCACGCCUUUGCUGCUGUUCUUGGAGCCACUCCUGAUUUUUCCAUCACACCAAUUGUGGCACUGCUCCAGGACAGAUUCCCUGUGGAAAAGGAAGCACUGGGGUUACAUGAAUCUGCAGCAUAAUUCUGGCUUCCUAAGGGAAGACCUCAGUGAAGUGAAAGCCUUCACCAAACACAAUUUUAAAAGUGAAAUACAGUGGUACCUCGAACAUCUCUGUUCCUGAACGUUUCGGCUCCCGAACGCCAAAAACCCAGAAGUAAGUGCUCCAGUUUUCAGAACACAAACGUCCAACACAGCUUCUGCUGUGCAAAAACCUCACUGUCGGCCAAUCGGAAGCCGUGCUUCAGAACUCUAAACAAUUCGGAAGUCGGACGGUGUUCUGAAAUGGAUUAUGUUCAAGUUCCGAGGUACCACUGUAUACAUAUACCGUAUUUUUCGCUCCAUAGGACGCACUUUUUCCCCUCCAAAAAUGAAGGGGAAAUGUGUGUGCGUCCUAUGGAGCGAAUGCAGGCUUUCGCUGAAGCCUGGAGAGCGAGAGGCAUCGGUGCGCACCGACCCUCUCGCUCUCCAGGCUUCAGGAAGCUAUCCGCAAGCCUUGCAAGCCCGGUGGGAGUUCCCGCGGGCUCACAAGGCUUGCAGGCAGCAGCCUGCAGCCCCGGCGAGUGUCCGCAAGCCUUGCGCGCCCGGCAGGAGGUCCCGCCGAGCGCGCGAGGCUUGGGGCAGCAGCCUGUCGCCCGAAGCACGGGGAGCCCUCCGGAGGGCUCCCGUGCUCGGGCCAGUGUCCGCAAGCCUUGCGCGCCCGGCAGGAGGUCCCGCCGAGCACGCGAGGCUUGGGGCGGUAGCCUGCAGCCCGAAGCACGCGAGGCUUGGGGCGGCAGCUGCGGCGGGGGGGGGGAAAUAAUUUUUUUUAUUCAUUUCCCCCCCCAAAAAACGAGGUGCGUCCUAUGGGCCGGUGCGUCCUAUAGAACGAAAAAUACGGUAUGUGUAUAUAUAUAUAUAUAUAUAUAUAUAUAUAUAUAUAUAUAUAUAUAUAUGCAGUGAUACCUCGGUUCCCAAACCGUUGUCGUACGUUUCGGUUCUCAAAUGCCGAAAACCUGGAAGUAAGUGCUUCUGUUUUCUAACUUUUUUUCGGAACUCGAACAUAAGACGCAGCUUCCGCUGAGUGCAAGAAGCUCUUGCAACCAAUGGGAAACCACGCCUUAGUUUUCGAACCUUUCGGAAGCUAAACAGGCUUCUGGAACAGAUUACAAUUGAGAACCGAGGUACCACUGUAUAUGGAAUUUGGCCACCAGAGCUUUCUUUUUAAAAAAAGGCAUUCUCCACUGCGGCAUUUUGUUCCAUAUCCCCCUGGCCUACCUGUGAUUUCUGACUCCUGGUGAAGGGAGGAGCCAUAUACCUUUGUUUGUUACUGUGCUGAUUCUGAUUGGUGGAAGGCCUUUCCUCCUCCUGCUUCCUGGUCCUAUCGGAGCACAGGUAAAACCUGCAUGGAAAAGCAGAUGGGUGAUAGCCAUGGGACAGGUUGUGCUUUCCUGGUGAGAGCUGUGCCUCUCUAGCACUGACCUUCCAACACAUGGGCCAUGACCCACAACCCUGUUGCUACCCAGCCUAAGAUGCUUUGUGAGAGCACUGGUGCUGCCAUUUUUUUAAAAAAACAGUAUGUCCAUUUGUCUAAAACAGAGUGUUGCUGGAAAGGAAACUGCUAAAUCAAACAUAGGGUUCUAUAUUCCCCCUCCCCCCCCCAAAAAAAAUUAAGUGUUGAAAGUAUGGUUUUGGGACGGCAUGGUAAACCUAACCAACUUCUGACAACAGAAGAACAGCAGGGGAGGAUGGAGGCAGAGGAAAGGAGAUGGGAAGGUGGAAUGGGCCCUGCAAUUCAGAGGCAUGUGGAAAGCAAGUCCUUGUUCUGUAAAAGCUCAUUCUGCUUGGACUGCCACCUGUCAUGGAUGCUUUAGCUGAGAUUCCUGCAUUGCAGGGGGUUGGACUAGAUGACCGUGUGGGGCCCUUCCAACUCUACAAUUCUGUGAUUCUCAGUAAACAGCAUCUGUCUGUGGAGGAUGCCGAAGCCAUUCAGAGAGUCUGCCUGUUUGUUUCCCUAACAUUGCUGCUUCUCUCUCUCUUGCUCUCUCUCACCUUCAGGGCACCCAGAAGAAAAUCCUGGAUGUUGCAAACAUGCUCGGCUUAUCCAACACAGUCAUGCGCCUCACUGAGAAACGUGCCUUCCAGGAUAAGUACUUCAUGAUUGGAGGCAUGAUCGUGACCUGCGUGCUCAUGUUCCUCGUGGUGCAGUACCUGACGUGA